AUGCCGGGCAGCUGUGCAUUCCUCUGCUCAGCCUUGGAUCUGAGUUACAGAAAUAACAGAGGGACCGUGGGCGAGGGCGGCCGCGACCACAACAACACCGUGGACCCUCUUCACACUUUUAUCCUCUCUCAUCGGGACUGGUUUGGUUUCUACUCUUUAGGAAUGCGCCCGGGAGGAUCAGAUUACCCCAGGAGGAGGGAGGAGGGAGGAGGGAGGAGGGAGCUGGUCUUGGAGAGGCUGCAGCAGAGGUAUAAGGAGGGGGGUGUGCAGGAGAUCGAGUUUCACAUCUGCCUCCCCCUCCUCCCCCUCCUCCCCCAGCGGCCUGGAGACAGAGUGGCUGAGUCUGGGAGGAAAACAUGCAAUCCACCCUCCCUCGCGCCUCCACCACCUCCAGCAGAUAAAUAA